UUCAAGGUGAGAAAAAAAUUACCAGUUUCUNUCGCGUGGAUGCACUAUUACUGGUAUCUGACUAAUGAUGGCAUCGAGUUCCUCCGCACGUAUCUCAACUUGCCUUCUGAAAUUGUCCCGGCCACUCUGAAGAAGUCCGCCAAACCCCUCGGCCGGCCAAUGGGAGGCCCACCCGGAGACCGCCCUCGCUCCAAUGUGGACCUCCAAGGUUUGAUGGUGACAGGCCACGAUUUGGCGAUCGAGAAGGUUACCGUGGAGGGCCGAGAGGACCUCCAGGUGAAUUUGGUGGUGAAAAAGGUGGAGCUGGUGCACCUGCUGAUUUCCAACCCGCUUUCAGGGGAUCUGGACGAGGUAGUUUUGGCCGUGGUUCUGGCAGCUUUGGUGGAGCACCUCCAAGUUAAUUUUGUUAGUUCUCCAUUUCUAUGUAUUUUCUCCUUAAGUUGCGAAUGGUGAACUUUUGUUGAACUUAAACUUAGUAUCUCACAUUCAAAUAUCAAGUUGUACUCUGAAUCUGCAAUUUUGUUUAUUUUGGGACCGGAGAUUUCUCAUUCCUUUUAAAGCUUAAGCUGUGUGUGCGCACUUGCCUGCGAAAUGCAUUCUUAUCUUGGUUAUGCGAGUGAUGUUGGUUUAACUUGUUAGACCAUUUUCUAAUAAGCGGUAUCUAUAGCUAUGAAUUAUGAUUGAGUUUUAUGCACUUGUGAAAA